UUUGAAUGAACUGCAAGUCCGACCGAUUUUAAUUUUACUUUUUUCCAAGCAGGGAACACCUCAACACUUGUGUUUUGCAAUGUCUGCUCAUCUUCUCCUGGCUGUUUUGCUGUGUUGUGCAGCUUUGGCAAAUAGCAAGAAGAUCCCGGCCUUCGCUGGCCAAACAGUUCUACUACCAUGCCACAUCACCGUCAGCGAUGACCUCCCGACAGUCGAGUGGUCUAAGGAAGGUCUGGCCCAACCCAACAUCGCCUUCUUGUACCGCGAUGGCUGUGAGACCCACGCAAUGAAGAACCCAGUCUUCCAGUAUAGGACGCACCUCAUCAUGAACGAACUGAAAAAUGGAGACGUCUCGCUGAUGAUUUCCAUUGUGCAGUUGUCUGAUGCAGGAAAAUACAUAUGUAAGACACUCCAGGGGAGCAGCCAACAGGUUGUAGCAACUCUGGAGCUCGUUGUCCGUGCAGUUCCUGAGCCAAAACUCUCAAUCAUUUCAGUUAAGGGUGGUGAAGUGACUCUACAGUGUGGAGUGGACUGCUGUCAGCCAGAGCCUGAGAUAAUGUUUGUGGAUGAUAAUGGUCACACCAUCAGUGCAGAAAACCCACGGAGAAACCCGUCAGGGAGAUGUUUCAACAUCACAAGGAGAGUGACUGUGCCAACUACAACCAACAGCGUCACCUGCAGAGUUCACCAUCCGGAGAUAAACCAGACCAGGGUCAAAGGAAUCAACAUACCAGCUGUCUUCACGGAGUCCUGCGCUCUAUCCAUCGGCAUCACUGUUCUACUGACCAUAUGGUUUUUUGUCUGUGGAUUAGGCUUUGUUGCCUUUUUACGGAAGAAAUUCGUGGAGAAACAAAAAGACACAGCUGAUGACUUCCGAUCUGGAUGCGGUGAUGUUGUUGGUCAGCAGAACCAGCCUACGAUUGACGAUAGUGUUCCCAGAAUGUCACCGGACACUCCAAAACCUGAUAACCUUCCCCCUGACUACAGCCCUAAGGCAAAAAGGUUUUCUGAUGUCAAGAAUCCAAAACCAGCGGCCACGACCAAAAGCAACCCUCCAAGAUCUCGUGAUUUACCCCUGAACCAUGAUUCAAAACCUGGCCCAUUAAGUCAAACUGGUAGUUCAGCACUCGCCCCUUUGAUCCAAAGAUGCAGUCCAAAUAUUUUGACAGAUGAUGCUGCUGUGUCGCCCGUUUCUUCUUCAGCCAGCACUUCAGGGGAAGGACAUUUGGUUCGUUCGAAGAGCGUUUCUGAGUCUCGGUCUGGUCAAAACAUCUACCGGUUCCAACGUAGAAAUACAUUCUCAGUUAACCGAUACGCUCCACUGGAAAAUUUACCUGAAGAGUAA